CAGCAUGCGCAGUGUUGGCGUGCCGGCAGAACCGGCUUCUGUGGAGCUGGAGCAUGCGUGAUGGUUCUAUGGCGGUGUCUUGGAGAGGCAGCUGAGUAGGCGGCUGCCUGGGGUUCGAGUCCAAGGCCACUUUGCCGCAAUCCAUUACCGGAGCUCACCAGAAAACGAUUCCUCAUCCACAGUUGAUCCCUUCUACUGCUUAGUGGGUGGGCGCCUAUGGCGCAACUCAUGUAGAGUGCGGUCUCGGAGUCGGCGUCUGGGCCUUGGCGCAAGAUGGCGGCGGAGGGGAGCGGCGCAGCGGCAGAGCUGCGCCUUUGGUAUUGGCAGCUUCUGGAGCGAGUACGAGGUUUAACUUACAGAAGGACACCAUCUUCUGAGAUGGCUGGCUCUUCCCACAGCAUGCAGUUGAAAAAGAUAGGUCACCGAGGAGUGGAUUCUACUGGUGAAACUACAUAUAAGAAGACCACCUCCUCUGCCCUCAGAGGUGCAAUCCAGCUGGGGAUUACUCACACAGUGGGAAGCCUCAGUACCAAGCCUGAGCGAGAUGUCCUUAUGCAGGAUUUCUACGUAGUGGAAAGUAUCUUCUUCCCAAGUGAAGGGAGUAACUUGACACCAGCCCAUCACUACUCGGAUUUCCGGUUUAAAACCUAUGCUCCUGUGGCAUUCCGGUAUUUUCGGGAGCUCUUUGGUAUUCGACCAGAUGACUAUUUGUAUUCGUUAUGUAACGAACCACUGUUUGAGCUCAGUAACCCAGGUGCUAGCGGUUCUGUUUUCUACGUGUCUGCUGACGAUGAGUUUAUUAUUAAAACGGUUCAGCACAAGGAGGCAGAGUUCUUGCAGAAGCUGCUCCCUGGAUAUUACAUGAACUUAAACCAGAACCCACGAACUUUGCUGCCCAAGUUCUUUGGGCUCUAUUGCAUCCAAUCUGGCGGCAACAAUAUUCGACUGGUGGUGAUGAACAACCUUCUGCCUCGGGUGAUGAAAAUGCACCUGAAGUAUGACUUGAAAGGUUCAACAUACAAGCGCAGAGCCUCUCAGAAAGAACGUGAGAAGUCACGGCCUACAUUCAAAGAUCUGGACUUCCUGCAUGAUAUUCCUGAUGGUCUUUUCCUCGAUGCUGAUAUGCAUAGUGCCUUAUGUAAAACAAUUCAGAGAGACUGUUUGGUAUUACAGAGUUUUAAAAUCAUGGACUACAGUUUGCUGGUAGGAGUUCAUAACAUGGACCUAGCCAGCCGGGAGCGGGAGUCUGAGGGUCAGCAACCUGGCCUGGAUGGCACUGGAGCAUCAGAUGCACGAAGACCACUGGGCCAGCGCUCCCUUUACUCAACGGCAGUGGAGGCCAUCCAAGGUGAAUCGCGCCUUGGAGCCACCAGUGAAACUGAUGAACAGAUGGGAGGUAUUCCAGCUCGGAACUCCAAGGGGGAGCGCCUCAUGCUGUACAUUGGCAUUAUAGACAUAUUGCAGUCCUACAGGUUUAUAAAGAAGUUGGAACAUUCUUGGAAGGCCCUUGUACACGAUGGAGAUACAGUGUCUGUGCACAGACCUGGUUUCUAUGCUGAGCGUUUUCAACGAUUUAUGUGCAGCACAGUUUUCAAAAAAAUACCACUAAAACCUUCCCCGUCAAAGAAAAGCAGACUCGGUAUGACAUCAGUGAGGCGGCCUGCGACAGGUGGCUCUGGGCAGCCACCCUCAUCCUUGAGUGAGGAAGGUAAAGGCCAGGUGCCUACCAGGGAGAUCACUCAAGCAAUAAUAGAACCAGGAGCAUAUCAAGGUCGGCCUGACAUCCUACCCAGGACCCCACCUCUUGAUGAGGCUGCUAGUGAUUCAGCUGCCACAACUUUAUCCAGUUCUUCCCUUGCUGAACCUGGAGCGCUGGAUGGCACAGGAACUAAUUCCCCCGAUACAAGGCCUAUAGGAUUGGACGAGCACACCACCGACGAGACAGAGCAGCAUCCAAAUGAACUAGUUGCCAGCAGCGUAGAAAGUAUACCUCCAAUUAUUUCAGAGCCAGCCUCGGGGACCCCUCUUUCAGAGCUCUCUGUUGCGUCAAAAGCAGAGGAAAGCAACCGGUGUCAUGACACACUGUUAGAAACUGAAAUCUGCUUCUGAUCUGGAUGGAGUAUGAACUACAUCUAAUAAUUCCCAUCUACCUGGGUCAGUUCUUCUUGUAUAUCGCAGCAAGUGCCCAGAAACUACAGAACUAAGGGAGACUUUAAAGGACACUUCUAACGGGGGAGGUGAGAUUAUACACAGCACCCCCUACCUUCCUGGCCUUGAUGCCAGUCAGAGCAGCCUUGGCACCAUGUGCUCUUGUUGCUAAAGCAGGCAGCUCAGCUUUAGGGUUGGGGGUAGCAGCGUGCAAGAAUUCUUUGUAUAAGCAGUUUAAUUCCUUUUUCCAGAUGCUGGUGAAGGAUUGCUUGGGACAUUUUGCUCCUUACUAAUUGAACAAAGGAAGGAGCCAAGUUUUAUUAUUCUGCUGGGUUACCCCUGCCAAAAAUCUCUUCUUUUCCUGUUCAAAUGUCUAUAUUAGACACUUUUUUAACCCCACAGUCCCCUACUGCCUUAUUUUACAGACGUGUGUGUUUGUGCAUUUUCCUGAAUUAAUAUUUAUGGACAUCAUAUUUAAAAGAACUGUUUUUCAGUUGUUGAGCCGGGGAGAAAUUUGCCUUUAGAAGACUUUUAAUAGUUCCUUUUUGUUAAAUGGAAAAGGAAAUUGUUGGGUGCCUGAAAACGAGAGAGUGGACAUUGUGGAAUCCAGUGUAUUUUCCUACAUGUACUGACUUGCUGCAGUAUUCUCGAUUAUAUAUGCAAAAGUUGUAAAACCUUUUGGACUGUGUUGGUGCCAAUUUGUCUUGUGAAGGAAUUAUCCUGUUGCCGCUAUCAAGUAAUUUUCACGCUGGCCUGCCAACUGUGUGCUGCAAGCCAUCCAGCACUGAGAAGCAAUUAAUCUCCUCCCCCCCGCCCAGGGUGCUCAAGUGUGUUGCAUAUAGAUUUAGUUAUUAAUGGGCUAGUGUCGUGGCCAUCUGUGAAAGAAUACUGAACUUCAGCAGGUGCUGUUAUUGUGGCCAAGGUUUCAAACCAGCACCUUGUUAUUUUAAAGCGCAGGGUGGAGGACCAGAGAUUUGACUUAAGUUGAGACCUUCCUCUUCCCUGGCUGCAGGUAAACACCUAGUUGUAGAGCAGCAGCUGAUUGAUCAUCCUUUCUGCACUGAGUGGAUGGGAUUUUGUGGAGCCCACUGGUGUGUUCUGAAUGUGAAGGAGCUGCUGUUGGGUAAACUACCUGUUGUAUCUAUUCUCCACUCAAAAUCUUAGCAACCUCCUGUGUGGUAUUGAUUCCAGUAUGGUGCCAGGUCCUGCUUCUGUGCCAUUAUUUAUCUUAGGGUGCAGGGGUGGUACCUGGGUACAGGAGUGUGACUCUUUUUGCUUUUAUUGUCAACAGAAUCUCAGUUUAACCUCAUGGUCGCUGGACUUUCAUAACUGAACUGGCUUGUGAAAAGUCUUAACGUGCAUCAGGUUAAUUGGAUGUGGACCAUUUCCAAUCGAAUCUAGAAUCCUUGUUUUUCUGAUGUCCACCAGGGUUUGCCAAGACGUGGGGUCCAGCCUGUGGCCUUCGGGUCUCCACAAACUGAUCAUGGUUUGCUCCAGAGUGGUGAUUUAGCAAACACCUGAAACACUGGAAUAUGGGUUUUUAAUCCUGGCCUGGGACACUUUUUGAGUUUUACCUGGCUGGUUAGUCACCUAGUCAGUGUGGUGUUGGCGGGAGGCUCAAGAUGUCUGCCAAACCUCAGCUACAGUAGCUUGGAGAAGGUAGCAAAGCCCAGCUGCAGGCUAGGUAUUUUCUUGAAGACCAGUGUAUAGAUGGCAGUUGCCCCCCACAAUUUAAAUUAUUCCAAAGGGCACACAUAUGCUGGGAUUUUCACACAUUUACAUCUCAGUCCCUCAGUCAGUCUCACAUUUGCACUUUGUAGUGCAAUAGAGUUGCUAUUCAGACUUCUGGAUGAAUGUGAGGAUCUUGAUUGGUUAACUCUGGCCCUCAUGGCUUUCUUGAUCAAACACCUUGAGCACAAAACAGAGUGUUGAUUAGGUAUUACAUGCCCUUCAUCACACUGCUGCUAUUGGGAUCUGGCUAUGCAAAAAUAAUCUGUUACAAUUUCCGACAAUAUUUCAGUGACUUCACAGGUCUGAGACAAUCCCAGCGAUGCAGGGUUGAGAGUUUGGCUGAUCUUACUGGGUUAGCAGUAGCAUUUGACUGCUCCCACCUGCCUUUGGGAUGUCUGACAUGUUUUCCAGUAUUGCCUUUUCCCAGAUGCUCUAUCAGUAUUUUGGGGGAGCUAGUGUAGGCAUGAUGGGCUGAAUGGCCCCUGUAAUGCAGCAUUCCAUAAACUGAACUCUGCCUAGUCCUAACACGUGGCACUAAAUUGUAGCCACUGAUGUACAAGUUGUGCAGAGUGCCAUUGCAGUUUAGAUUACAGAGAAAGCUGUGUUGCCUCUCUGGCUAUGCACUGGAGGAGUGGUUUGGCAUAAGGACAUCUUCACAACUCACAACAUUCUAUCCACUUUAUGAAUGUAACAAACUCCAAUGAUGGUGUUGGUUAUGAAUGUUUUAGUUUAACACGUGUAUUUCUUCUGCCUGGGAUGUUUUAGAUACUUGACAAUUAUGUUGAGAAUUAUCUUUUUCACCCAGUUCAUGAGAAGAGGGGGAGGUUUUCAUCUCCAGUUCAGAUUGAUGUCAGCUCUCCACUCAGAAGGUAUUGUGAUGUGUCAGUGUGGAACACUAGAGUUAAUUGCAGCGAAAUAAAUCUGGAGUUCUAAGAUUUUGCAGCAGGAGUUAAAGGUGCUAUUACUAAUGGAAUGGUGAUUGGGGGUACUCAAACCUCCUUGCCAGGAAUGGAGAAAGGGACUCUGUUUCUCACCUCCAUGUGAAAAGUCCUAGUUUGUGAGCUUUGGAUGAAAUAUAUCAAUAACACAAGUCAGUGGGGAGCUUUUUGAAUAUUUGUCAAAGCCAGGGUCUGAACCUGAGAACCCUGCUGGAUAGGGUUCUAAUUCAGCCCUGCAAGUAAGCUCUGAAAUGCAGAUUCUUCCUUUUCCCUUGUCAUUACCAAACUUGGCUUCUGCUGGGCAGGCUUGAGAGAGGAAAUGAUCAGUAUGCACCUGAAUUCAAGGGGGGAAAGGGUCAUUCUUGCUCAGUGUCCAAUGUCUAACCUAACCUGGAGGAGCAGGGAAGCAUUGGUCAGGGGCCGUAACUGUGGCCCCUCUUUGUUUCAUAGUGAAUGUUCUAGCGGUGGUGCCAGUGUGGCUCGAGGAACAGUGCCUCUAAGUAACAGAAAAUUGUCUUUGACUUGGGCCGGUAUGUGGCUUCCUUCAUUCUUUCCGCCGCCCAAUUCCCUUACAGUGAGACAACAGUAAAGCAUAUUUAAUUUGUACUGUUUGUUUAGUUUUUGAACAUUGAAAUAUCUAACUUUUCAUCAACUUUGUAUCUAUCUGUAUAUAAAUGGACAGUUUACCAAAUGUUUGUGUCUGUGUGACUUUAAUGGGGGUACAACAAACCGAAGUUGCCAAAAAAAAUGAGGCCUCUGACAUCAGUAGAAGUUUAUUAUUUUAAGUUGGUGUUGGGAGCAGAAAAGGGGUAUUUCUCCCACUGCUCCAUACUUAUGCACAUGCUGUCUCUUUUUCCAUCAUCCUCUCAUAGUCAUAGAGUAAUAGAGCACA